AUGGCUCUUUAUCGUUCAUUCUUCUCGAAGCGCCAACGCCCUGAUCCCUUGAAUCAAGGCUGUCAGCCUCUACGAAUGUAUCCGCACAAAGACCGGAUUUUUGGCCUCGAUUUUGUCUAUCAGAAUGUUACUACCUUCCGUCGCCACAAGUAUCUGGAGACUCUGAAGAACCGUUAUCAAACCUUGGGUACAACCUACGGCGUGCGUGUCUUCAAUCGUCGAGGGAUACUCACUUCCGACCCCGAAAACAUCAAGACGAUCCUGUCGACCCGGUUUAAAGACUACUCCCUCGGCAACCGCGUCCCUAUCAUGGGCCCGCUUCUGGGACGCGGGAUCUUCGUGAGUGACGGCCAAGACUGGUCGCACUCGCGGGCCUUGCUCCGCCCAAACUUCGUCAAGGAGCAAGUAGCCGACCUGCGGAUGAUCGAAACGCACCUGGCGCAGCUGCUGAAACUGAUCCCGUCCGACGGCCGCACCGUCAUCGAGCUCCAAGACCUCUUUCUCCGGUUCACCUUGGACUCGGCUACGGACUUCCUCUUCGGCCACUCCCUCCAUACCCUCAGCCGAGGGACCGCCAAAGAUCAGCAAUUCGGCCAGGCCUUCGCCCUCGCGCUGGACGACAUUGCCCUCCAGUUCCGGCUGGGUCCGUGGCGCGCCCUUCGCCGGCCCAACCGGGAGGCACUGGCUGCGUAUGAGAUCUGCCGAGGAUAUGUGGAAGGCUUCGUUUCGGAUGCCAUCGCCUAUCGCCAAGGGAAAGCUAAUUCGAGCGACAAAAACUCCUCGGACCGUAGCUAUUUCCUCAAGGAGCUGGCUCAAGCCACAGACGACCGGGACCGGAUCCGAGAUGAAUUGCUGAACAUCCUCAUCGCCGGACGAGAUACCACGGCGAGCCUGCUGGGGAGUCUUUUUUACGUGCUCGCUCGUCACCCCGACGUGUGGCAGAAGCUCCGCAGUGAGGUAGCUGCUCAAUUGCAGGGUGCAGCCCCCAACUACGAGCAACUCCGCAAUCUCCAGUACACGCGGUACUGCAUCAAUGAGACGCUUCGGCUGUAUCCCCCCGUCCCCAACAAUACCAAGAUGGCUGUCUGCGACACGAUCCUUCCGCGGGGCGGUGGCCCCAAGGGUGAUGGCCCCGUGUUUGUCCCCAAGGGUUGCACCAUGAUCUACACUGUCUAUGCCAUGCAUCGUCGGACAGACCUAUUCGGCCCAGACGCUGAGGAAUACCGCCCUGAACGAUGGGCUACGCAAAGGUUCUCCUGGGAGUUUCUCCCGUUCAAUGGGGGCCCCCGGAUCUGUCUCGGGCAACAAUAUGCGUUGACAGAGGCGAUGUACGUCCUGGUCCGGUUUGCGCAAACAUUCCAGACGAUCGAGGCCCGAGAUUCUGCUCCGUGGACCGAACAGCUUACUCUCACACUCUCGUCUAGUAACGGAGUGAAGGUUAGAUUGAAGGGGGCCUGA